ACGAGCGCGACUACGACACUGUUUGUUUUUUCCUCUCAACGUGUUGGCAGAAAAUUUGUGGAUUUAACGGGAUUUUUUUUCUUUUUUUGGUUAAUAACGCAACCAAACCGAGCAAGGGGACAACCGCUGGUUUACCGAGUUGGAGUUUAUAGGAAGAUUUUCUUUACUGUGUGGUUUUCUUCUCACACCCAGGACCGGAAAAGAGCAUUUUACCCCUCAAGACAGCUGGCUUGCGGCCCCCCCGCACCGAUUUGCUCUUGAAGUUGAGUGAGCCAGCUGAGAUGAGCGGUCCAGAGGUGGCUAAGACACCAGGAGGCGGAGCUCCAGAAAAGGAAGGGAAAGAGCCGGUUGCCAAUGGCCAUGCGGGAGAAAACAAUGACGCCAACCCGUUUGCUGAAUACAUGUGGAUGGAGAAUGAGGAGGAGUAUAACAGACAGGUAGAGGAGGAGCUGUUGGAGCAGGAAUUCUUGGAGCGCUGCUUCCAGGAGAUGUUGGAGGAGGAGGACCAGGAUUGGUUCAUCCCUUCGCGCGACCUCAACAACCAGGGGGUGGGGCAGCUGCAGCAGCAGCUCAACGGCCUGUCGGUCAGCGAUCACCACAACAACCUGGAGGAAGUGGCGAGGAAGAGCAUCUUGAAUCCUGAAGCAAAGGAGUUUGUCCCGGGGAAGAAAUACUAGGAGUCCCCCUCACCCCCAUGGAGCCUCAGCACGCACGCACACACAUGCAUACACAAACACACUCAGACACAUGCACCAGUCCUCUCAUAUUCUCAGAGACUCUGGCGGCCACGGCCGCACACACACUGAUCCCCACACGCAAGCAUGCACACGCACACACUUGAAGUCAGUGGCGUGCUGCCAGGCCCGAUUGGGGGGUGGGGGGUUUUCUUUUUUUUUUUUUUUCUUCUUCAAUCUUUUUAUUUCCUGUUUGUUUCUUGUAAACUGAGGGACAUUGGGGAUGGGUGGGAGAGGGGGUGUAGUACCAGCUCUGCCCUUCUGUGGGCGCUAGCUCAUCAUUGCAUUUCACACCACGCUGUUGAUGUUUACAGAGCAUGCAGAUCUCAGCAAGAGUCCCUUGAAAAAUAGGCAGCUACUUGGGAGUGAUGCCAAGACAAAGUCUAAAUUCCAAAAGUUUAGUCUUUUUUUGUUUCAGUGUUAAUUUGUGUCCAAUUGGGUGAAAAAACAAACAAACACAUUUCCAGCAGGUUGAAGGUUACUAUGUUGCUGAGGUCAGAAGGAUGAACAUUUCAGGGGACUGCAGCGGGCUUCUGCCGUUGCUCUGUAAAGCCAUCACAGUAACCCGUUAACGUUUGCUCCUAUGAUGUCCUGUGACAUCACGGCUCAUGUUUAUCUAAACGAUGGAUGGUUAUUUGUAUCUGCAGCGGCUCUGUUCCAAACCACGUGCAAACCCCUCAGCCCUCCCUCCCUGCCGGUUGAAUCGAUCUGAACGCUCAUGGACGGGUGGCGUCAUGGAGAAGAACUUGUUUUCCCAAUUUGUGUUGACAUCCAUGCUUAUUUUUCAUCAAGUAUCCCAAUCAUGAGUUAAAUAAAGGAGUUGAAUAAAAAUGUCAAACAUCAAA